UCCCGGAGGGUGUCCUCACAAGCCCCGCCCCCUGCCCUCAAAUGAGCUCAUUCCUCAAGCCCCGCCCCCUCCGCGCCCGGUUCGUCGCGCACGGUCGGUGGCCCCGCUCUCCGGGGGGUGUCCUCGCAAGCCCCGCCCCCUGCCCUCCGCUCCAGGGGCGCCUCGCGCGCCCGGAGGAACCACACACUAUGCAGAUCCCGCGAGGGCGCGGCGUGUAGGGUGGGAGUCCCGGCCGCCAGGGCGGGGUCCUCCACAGGCCCGCCCAGCCGCCUGCGCCUCCGCGCGCCAAAGUCAAAGUGCCGGUCCCGCCGGCGCGAGAUUGACGCUGCAACCCUGAGCCACUGGUUCCGCCGCCGUGUUCCUGCAGGUCCCGCGCCCGAGCCGUCUGGAGCUAGGCAUGGCCACCCCACCUAAGAGGUUCUGCCCUUCUCCCUCGACCAGCUCUGAGGGGACCCGCAUCAAGAAGAUCUCCAUCGAGGGGAACAUCGCUGCUGGGAAGUCAACAUUUGUGAAUAUCCUAAAGCAAGUCUGUGAGGAUUGGGAAGUGGUUCCCGAACCUGUUGCCAGGUGGUGCAAUGUGCAGAAUACUCAAGAUGAAUUUGAGGAAUUGACAACAUCUCAGAAGAGCGGAGGGAAUGUUCUUCAAAUGAUGUAUGAGAAGCCUGAACGGUGGUCUUUUACCUUCCAAUCGUACGCCUGUCUCAGCCGGAUCCGAGCUCAGCUUGCCUCUCUCAACGGCAAGCUCAAAGAUGCAGAGAAACCUGUAUUAUUUUUUGAACGAUCUGUGUAUAGUGACAGGUACAUUUUCGCAUCUAAUUUGUAUGAAUCUGACUGCAUGAAUGAAACAGAGUGGACAAUAUAUCAAGACUGGCACGACUGGAUGAAUAGCCAGUUUGGCCAAAGCCUUGAAUUGGAUGGAAUAAUUUAUCUUCGAGCUACUCCAGAGAAAUGCUUAAACAGAAUAUAUAUACGGGGAAGAAAUGAAGAACAAGGCAUUCCUCUUGAAUAUUUAGAGAAACUUCACUAUAAACAUGAAAGCUGGCUCCUUCAUCGGACUCUGAAAACCACCUUUGAUUAUCUCCAAGAGGUGCCUGUCCUCACACUGGAUGUUAAUGAAGACUUUAAAGACAAACACGAAAGUCUGGUUGAAAAGGUCAAAGAAUUUUUGAGUACUUUGUGAUUGCACAGGAGACAACAGGCAACAAAAUGUUUCCGGACACUUCAGUUUUGUGUAUUGUCAUAGCUUGAUAUUCACACAAAAGUCUUUACAGGAUUCAAGUUUUUAAAUCACUUUCGUUUUUAAGGAAAAGCCCUUUUCUUUUAUAUAUAUAUAUAAUAUUUGUAAUUGUAUAUAAAACUUUGUGUCCCUCCUUUU